CGAUACGCGACCAGUCUCCUGUUCACUACAAACUGCUACUAUCACAAUCCCUUCAGCCAUCCCCAGAAACCUUGUUGGUAUUACGGUUCUUGUCUGUGCUGGAUCGACUUUUUUGGGACCAACCUGACGUUGAGCCCUCAAGGUUACUCCACCCUAGUUUCCCCGGCAUUUCCCCCCGCUCAUCGACUGCGGAGACGUACAUCCCUUUGCGCUACCGUCGUUCUCCGGACCAUCACCUUCAUACCCGACGCGCAUCACUCUUUUCUCAUUAGUUCCAAAUUGCCCUCUCAUUUCACUGGAGGGCGUGUCGGUGUGGUCGAAACGGAUCCGGGAACAUUGGAGGAUGAAAGGGACCCGCGACCGAUGGGUGUAAUACGGAAGAAGACCGCCUCGCGCGGCACUGAAGCGGGCACCAAGUAUCACUGUGAUAUCUGCUCGGUUGAUGUGACUUCAACGGUUCGCGUAUCUUGCGCCCAUCCCGCCUGCCACGAAUACGAUCUCUGCGUCCCCUGCUUCGCUGCCGGAGAGAAAUCCAAGAAUCAUGACCCGUCAACGCAUCCAUUCCAGGUGAUCGAACAGAACUCGGUCCCGAUUUUCGAGGAGGACUGGGGUGCGGACGAGGAACUCCUGCUGCUGGAAGGCGCCGAGAUCUACGGACUGGGAUCAUGGGCGGACAUUGCAGACCACAUUGGUGGUUACCGCACCAAGGAGGAGGUUCGCGACCACUACAUCAGCGCCUAUAUCGAUAGCCCGAACUUCCCGUUACCGGAACGCGCCGAUCCGGACGACAAGCGCCUUUCGGAGGCCAUUUCGAAGGAAGAAUUCCAGGCGCGGAAGAAACGCCGCAUUGAAGAGCGCAAAGAGGCGGCCAAGGCAGCUCCACCCACAACACCGAAGCAGAAGCCUACUGCCAGUGUACCGGCUUGUCACGAAGUGCAGGGCUACAUGCCGGGUCGAUUGGAGUUUGAGACAGAGUUCAUGAACGAAGCGGAGGAAGCGGUUCAGCACAUGACAUUUGAGCCUGGCGCGGGCGAGACGGCGAACGGCGAGACAGACGCGGAGAUGGAAUUGAAGAUGACCGUGGUGGAUAUCUAUAACUCGCGGCUUACGGCGCGCACAGAACGCAAGAAGAUCCUCUUCGAGCACAACCUCCUCGAGUACCGCAAGAACACGGCACUGGAGAAGAAGCGCACGAAAGAGGAGCGCGACUUGCUGAAUAAGGCGAAGCCAUUUGCCCGGAUGAUGAACCACGAUGAUUUUGAAGAGUUCAACAAGGGUCUCGAGUACGAGCACAACCUGCGGCUAGCCAUCACGCAGCUCCAGGAGUGGCGCCAGAUGGGCAUUGGUGAUCUUAAAGGUGGAGAGAAAUACGAACAGGAGAAGCAACAGCGGGCACAGCGGAUGGUGCCGCAGGGCUCGUUUGAUCGGUUCGCCAGCACGCGACCGACGAAGCAGUCGCAGCAACCAGAACAGCCGUCCGCUGCCAGUCAGCUGACAACCCCGGAGCUUCCUCUCCGGCUACAAAAGGCGUCCGGGGCGCCUAAGGCACCUGAGCCUGUCAACCCGCCGAUGAAUGAUUUUGAUCGGGCGUUUGCCGCCACCAAUGGCGACGUGAUCAGCACGCCGCAGCCAGUGAAGACCAAGUUUGUGAUCCAGCCACUGAAUGGAGUGAUUCCGUGGAAGCUGGAGAACGAGGGAGCACCGGAUCUGCACCUGCUGACCAAGGAGGAGGUCGAGGUGUGCAAUGUGUUGCACAUGCAGCCCAAGCCGUACCUAGUAAUUAAGGAGACGUUAUUGAAAGAGGCGAUGAAGCAGGGCGGCAGUUUAAAGAAGAAGGACGCGCGAGCUAUUUGCAAGGUCGACAGUACCAAGACGAGUCGGAUCUACGAUUUCAUGGUACACAGCGGCUGGAUCAACAAGAGCUGAGCGUCUGAUUUGCAUGAGCAGGAUACCACGUGGUUCUGUGUAAGGAGUUGCGGCGUUGUGAGGUAGAUGAUACGAUUUACGGGUUUGAUUGAGUGAUUAAGUAGAUGGACAUAUAGUUUAUCUAUACAAGGGAC